AUGAUGAAUGUUCUCUCAACGGAAUGUGACAAAAGGUACAUAUCACCUGAAAAUCCAGUCUUGUACAGAGAAUAUGAGAGUGUUUCUGUCUAUUUUUGGUCUCUGGAUAACAAAUACAAAAACCCUUUGAUUCUGGAGCUAAAACAAAAAUUUGGAAAUGUUACCCUUUACAGACGUGUAGGAAAUUUUUGGGUUGAAAAUGGCAAUUUUUUAACGCGUGAAGAAUUACUUAAACAAAACUGUGCUAACAAUGGAGCUCAUACAGUGGAUAUAUCUCUGGGUCCUCAAGUUAAAUCUGGCACAAGUUAUUCCUGCCCCGGAUGUACCCAGCAGAUUAGCUUAGUGACAAUAAAAUCCCAUACAUUUGCUAGAUCGUGGCAUUACAUUUCUGACAAGGAUUCUUCUGCUAUUUCAAUUUCUAGACUUGUAGAAGGUUCCACUGCUCAAACCGGGUUUUCUGACUUUAAAAGUGUUGAUAGCUUUUAUGUAUUUUGGUAUCCAUCAAAAAACGGGUUCCCAUUUCUCAUAUACUUUGAUUCAAAGUCCGAAUGUAAAAAGACUUGGUAUAAAAGAGAGUCCCCUUAUUCCAAUAAAUGGAUAGAGAUAACAGAAGGGGUAAUCCCAAAGAAAGAUAUAGACAAUCCAACAAUCCAUGACAUCCUGAUAGACAUUUAUUCUGUCUCUGUUAAAAUUGACAUCUCACAAGUAGUUGGUGUUAAUCGGGAUUCAGUCAUGUACGAUGACACUUUUAUCGUCAACAGCAAGGAGAAGAUUAAAGUUGAAAAGAGCCCGGGGAUAGUGUCAACCAAGUUGGGAAGUUAUAGCAGUUGUAACCAUGUAGUAUAUGGAAAGAGUAGUUUUAAGUUGGGGUCAAUUGUAAAUAGAGAUAAUGUGCUUGAAAUCAAAAGUACAGAGAUUCUCACCCAAGUUAGAGUUUGGCAUAUUAAAAACUACAGCAGGUACGGAGACCCUCUUUUGGUUGAGUUGCACAAAUAUAGCGGGGGUUGCGAAUACUACCAGAUAUCUGCGUCCGAUGUAACAAAGUGGAUUCCAGUCAAUAAAGAUAUAGAGGAUGGGAAACCACUUGCUGGAGAGAGCCUUAAAAAUAAGCUCGACGAAUUGAGGAGGAUGAUUUCAGUAAAAACCUCGGUAAAGAGACCGCUUUAUGAGGCAAUAGUACCGGGAGUAGCUGUGGCAUUUGGUCUGUUGGCAACUGGUGUCUAUGAAAUUUAUAUGAUCUUUCAUGACCCAAAAAAGACUCUGGCCAGUAAGAUGGCUACCUUGGUUAGGAAAAGACGUGUUAGUAAUCUUGUUUACGCGCAAUUCAGAUGA